AUGGAAAAGAAGUGUGUUGGCAUUCUUCACCGCGUUGGACAAGAAAGUAGCAUGGCAUCGCUUCGACGGAGGGCGCCACGCUUGUUUACUGGUGCCAUUUUUCCAGAGGAGAUUGGUCAUGGUCUCAUGGCAUUUGCAAGACGCCACAACUUAAUGAGCGAUGUGUGGGUGCCUAAGAGACUUGUGGGGAGGUUAAAGAGCGGGGUGACCCUCCUGCCGAAUGCCAUUCUGUGCGAUGUGUCGCUGAUGCCAGGGUGUGGUUCGACUGACUUGCAGGUCGUCGGCUUCGACCGCGUCUUGGUGAAUGCUGCACACACGACUGAUGCAGAAUAUUUUGAACGCUACCAAAGCGCCAUUGUUUCGGGAACACGAGGGUCACUCCCUCUAACGCCGACAGGCGUGUUGUACAACGAGAGUCGCUCUACUGAAUUCGCCUCGGUAAGCGAGGAGCAAGGCUUUAGAAGCCCCUAUUGGGUGAGAUUGAAGGGCAGGCGACGCCGUUGGAUAAACGCUGAGGAAACACCCUACCCUGGAAGAUACAAUCCUACAGAGUGUGUUUUAUACGAACCGCAUACGUUUACCAAUCUGCCAUUUCCUCCCGCCAUCGCUCUGCUGAUGCGACGGAAGGCCUCUAAGUUCGGGUAUACUUCUCGUACCUGGGUGACAAUGCGGGAAGGCGAGCUGCAUGGCACUUGUCUGGAUGCGGGGCGCAAGAGGGACGGAGCGCCAAUAUUUGUGGCUCACUUCUCAGGGAAAGGGCAGGUGAGGGCGGUGGAGUACUUCUGCGCUGACCAGUUUGAAGACCAUACGGUGUUCCCCACCACGCGAGAGAUUGACUUGGCGGCGAGUGGCGUCUUCGUCGGGGCAGACAAGGUGCGCAGCUACCCAUUGCUGGCAUCCUUUGCGUCGGAGUCCGCUGCGGCUUCCAGGCAUCAGCGCAUUGGAGAGGAGACGGCUAAGUUUUCCGCACCUUUGCUCCUUAAUGUGUCGCACAGCGCAACUGUUCCGAAGCUGAAUUCUGACAUGCAGGAAGCACUUCGGAAAUACUCACUCCUCCGUGGAUUUUCCUCACCAUAUUUUGUUAUUCACACAGCAGAGGUUGGCCGUUACCUUCGACUAAAGCCGCAAGAGCAGGGCAUAGUGCUCCCCACUGGUCCUACCGAUAUAGACGCACUCUCCUCGGCACACAAAUCCUGUUGCCUGUUUAACGUUGAACAGUUUGAGGAGGAAACUGUUGUUAAGGAAAUGGUAGCGAGAACCCCAAUGCACUUUUUAAUUCAGAUGCCUAUCCGUGGGGCGCUGUUGGUGGAAUGCGCUCGGGCACAGUCUGUGAGGAGCAGGUGCUCUCAAAUGUGGAUACCUGAGCGUGCACUUGGUUAUAUUGGUAGCGCGUGGAAUAUUUCGCCACGAGCUGCUAGUGUCCCAAAAGAGAAUGGCUUAAAUGCGCCUGCUCCACUGUUCUACAACACAUGUGAUGUAAGUAUCCCUGAAGAGGCACUAAAAUGGUGGCCAACUUACUUUCCGCAUGAUGUUCAUCACAAAUUGUAUUCUGGAGAGAUCAAAAUGCUCUUAUCGAUGCGUGCUUGGGAACAACAGUACAAGUCGUCUUUGUGGGUCACGCAGGCGUUGGUGACUCGGCUGGGGGCGACAAGGAGGCGGCCGAGUCUACGCAAUACGUUCCUCACAGGAAAGCCGUUUGAAAAAAAACCUGCUGUACUUGUGGGUGAUGAUGAGUUCAUCAACUUUGAGGAAAUUAAAGAAGCAGGGCUCUUUGCGCUGGAUGUGAAGAGCGGCAAAAAGCAGCUCUUUUCUGAAAAAGGAUAG